UUUCUGUUUCAGAAGGAAGAUGUCAUUAAUGAGGAACGGGACGAAAGGCUGUCUCUUCGGAAGCAUCGCUUCAUGCAUUUUGCAUCAUUGGAAUAUGAAGGAGAGUAUUACAUGACACCAAGAGAUUUCUUGUUCUCAGUAAUGUUUGAUCAAGUUGAACGUAAAGCCUCAGCCAAGAAACUGACGAAAAAGGAGGUAGAUGCUGCACUGCUGCGUGUUGCCAAAGCUAAACCAGGACCGACCUUUUUUAGAGACCUUGGUGAUAAAGGGUUGAUAUCUUAUGCAGAGUACCUAUUUUUGCUGACAAUCCUUACGAAACCCCAGACUGGAUUUCAGAUUGCCUUUAAAAUGUUGGAUACAGAUGGCAAUGAACAAGUUGAAAAGAAAGAAUUCUUUAAGCUACAGAGAAUCAUUGGGAAGGAAGAUGAUGUGAAAACAGCUGGAGAAGAAACAGUACUUCGGGGCGCAGAACUGGAAGGCUCUGGUGUUAAUACUAUGUUGCUGGUACAUUUCUUUGGAAAAGAAGGAAAAGAAAAACUUCGCUAUUCUGAGUUUUUCAGAUUCAUGGAAAAUCUGCAAACAGAGGUCCAGGAAAUGGAAUUCAUAAAGUUUUCAAAGGGCUUGAAUGUCAUGAGAAAAGAAGACUUUGCAGAAUGGUUACUGUACUUCACCGAUGAGGAAAACAAUGAAAUUUACUGGCAGAAUGUGAAAGACAGAAUUGAGGCAGGAGAGAAUAUCAGUUUGGAAGAAUUCAAGACUUUCUGCAAGUUUACAAACAACCUGGAAGACUUUUCUAUUGCCAUGCAGAUGUUUACUGUAGCCAAUCGUCCUGUUAAACGGGCUGAGUUCAAGAGAGCAGUGAAGGUGGCAACGGGACAGGAGCUCUCAGAUAACGUUUUGGAUACCAUCUUCAAGAUUUUCGAUCUAGAUGGAGAUGACUGCCUCAGCCACAGCGAGUUUCUUGGCGUCCUGAGGAACCGAAUUCAUCGAGGUUUGAGGGUACCGCAACAGCAAGGCGUUCAAGGUUACUGGAAGUGUGUGAAAAGAGAAAGCAUUAAAGGAGCCAAAGAAGUGUGGAAGCAAACUGGGAAAAGUCCUUUUUAAAGCAGUCCAUUGUUCUUAUGCUACAAAUGUUGUUAUUUAGUGGGUUUUGUCUGUCCUGUUUACAUAAUAGCCGAAUCAAAAAUACUCUUUUUUUUUUUACUAUAGUUAAACUUUAGUUAACCCAGAUUCUAAUGCAAUGAUUUUGUAUCGUCCUAGUGCAAUCAGUUUGGUUUACAGAACUAUUGUCACUUUUGACCUCCAUGCGGAAAUACCCUUUUUCUAGGGAACACUGUUGUUUACUCCUCUGUGGAGUCUGACCCUGUGCUGUAGCAUACACAAUACACAGAAUUUAAUAGUGGCCGCUGGCAGGAACAUCACAGCAAUAUCCUCUCCUGUUGGAAAAGUGGACGUUAUCUCGGCCACUAACACAGCAGUUCUCUUUCCCUAGCAAGGAGAGAGGUCCAAAAGGUGAAACCACUUGCACAAUGCACGCAAAUCAAGUUAUCCUAGAUCAAAAAGGAAAAUUCACAUGGUUCAUUUCUGUGAACUGCUCAUGUGCUAGUUCCUGGUGGAUGGUUCCACCAGAUCCUGUGUGUAUGUCUGAUUUGUCUGCCUUCAUGAUGAUAAUAUUAAACUGGAAAUACAAGGCUGUUGAUACAGGCUUUAAAAGUUGUACAUUGAUCUGUGAACGUGCAUUGAGUCUCUCAGAUGUCUUCAACAAAUAGUAAAAAUGAGAAGCAAAAACCUUCAUUCUAUCAUAAACAGCAGUAGCUACAAUUUGGGUCAUAACCAUUUUGCUUUAAUUGUAUCGCAGAAGGUGAAAGUGUAACAAAUAGCUGCUUUGUCUUACUAAAGGUUGUGACAGGGAAUGCUGCAGUAUCUCAGGAAUUUAAGGUUAUAGUAAGCAAGUGUAAAAAGUGAAAAAGUAAGUAAAAAUGUUUAUUACUCCAAAAUGCAAAGUUAGAUGAAAGAUCUUAAAUAGUAAGCCAAAAAACCAAUCAAUUUUUACACUGAAAGGGUUAUUAAGCAUUGGAAUGGGCUGCCCAGGCAAGUGGUUGAGGCACCAUCCCUGGAAGUAUUUAAAAGACGGGUUGACAUAGUGCUUAGUGACAUGGUUAAGUGAUGGUUUUUUAUCAGAGUUAGGUUGAUGGUUGGGCUAGAUGAUCUUAAAGGUCCCUUCCAACGUAGACAAUUCUAUGAUUCUAUCAAAUCAUGUUUAUCUAUCAAAUCAAAUUUAGCAAUUCUAGAUGAACAUUUUUUAGCUGUAACAUAGUGUGCAUCUAUGUAUACACCGAUACGCAUGUUACAUGUUUUUUCUUAUAACCUUAGGAGCCGAUAGUCCCAGGUCCACAUCAGUCUUCCUGGUUGGCCACUAUAAAUGGGAGAUAGACUUAUCUGUAAAGCUCUCAAAGUUCUUCCUCUUUCCCUCUCCCAGUUGCCUGGCUUGUCUUGGCUGGGGUGAAAGCUUAACCUUUCAAAAGAGGUUUGUGAUAACAGAUUCAAAAGAUGGACCGGGGAAAUUUCUCAAGAAAAACAACCAAGAAAUCUCACCACUCUGUCAGAAAGUAUCCAUCCCUUAUAAGCGUGACACUAGCUGUGUUAUUCUCAAAGUUGGAUGGAUAUAAGCUCAACGGGAUGUGUUUUGUUGUAAUUUCUUUGGGGUUUAGUGGGGGGUCCUUGAGAAGAGGGGAACCUUCCAUGACAAAUAGAUACCAGAGCAGCCCAAUCACUCAGGUGAGGGGCAGGAGGGGCUGCAUUAGGAAACCGUAAAGAUAGCACCAGCUAAGGAGUGCUGAGAUUAGAGAGAUAUAUUUGGUAUGUCCGUAGCCAUUAGGCAGGUUUAUGCUGAGGAGGAAUCCUCCUGCACAAGCCUCAGCUUUAAUUUAAAUUGUGUUAAAGAGAAAAUGCUUGUAUUCUUGGCAUCUGUGGACACGCACCCACAGUCAUCCACCAGAACAAGAGUACGUCCUGAGGCUGUCUAGAAGAUCAGGCAGCAGUGAUCACCAAGGAUCCCUUUACUUCCCCAGGAAGCAAUCAGAAAGAAAUGAAAUGUAAAUGCCUUAGCUUUCCCCCCUCAAACUGAACUUGUGCACUGCUCUGGGGGCAACGGGGAAUUAGAUAGAUGGUUUCUUUGUGCAUUUGGCGGUCGCUUGUGUCUUCUGGUGAUGGGAGCUGGGAGAAAGGUGGGGCACUGGGACUGGCAUCAGAGUACCACACCCGGCUUCACGUCUCCAAAGAGUGAAGGACACAAUCACACAAGGCACAUCUGUGUUCACCCAAAGCGUGCUUUGUUCCAGCUCUGGCUUUAAUACAAGGCUGCCUUUUACUUGUUGCUGUUCAUAUUUUGGCAAAUCAUUUUUACUUUGGAAUGAAGAUUACUCUUUAACAUUUUAUUCUGUGUAAUGUUAAUAGGUUUAUUAUGUUCUUUAUUGCUUUUGUGGUUUCUUUUGUUUAUGAAUUACUUGCUUGUAAGCAAACAGCUUGUAAGCUGUUUGGGUUUCCUUUGGAAAAAUUAAUUCAUUUAGCUUUAGAGUAUUUAGAAGUUUUAAUUUCUCAUCACUCAUUUGUAUCUGGGUUCGUGCAAUCAGCAGUAUUUGCUUUGGGCAGCAAGUUACUAAAAAUGGGAUUUCAAGUUUUAUUUCUUAGCAAAAGCUUGGUAUCAAGUUCAGAGGAAAAAGAAAACAGAUAUGCUUAAUUUUAGAAGAACUUUGUGUCUGUAUUAAAAAAUACAGUUGCAAAACAUUUUCAGAAGAAGUUACCCUGAAAGUACAGCCAGGAAGGAGCUCCUUUGAAGGCCAGGGAAGACUUGUCCAUCAGCCUUGAAGAAUCAGAUUCUCUGUUUAAUCUCUGGUCUAUUUUUGUUUGUCUUAACUAAAAGGCUUUACAGAACAGUCUUAAAAUAAUUGCUCAUAUUAAAUAUCUUAGAUUGAAAGAGCUGUUUACGUUAAGUGUUUAGAUUGAUCUUGUCAUUUAAGGAAUCCAUGGUAGCUUUAGCAUUAAAUAUUUUGUUUCUUUUUAGAAGAAACUUUUUUUAGAAAUUUCUUUUUAGUAACUUUAUGGUAUUUGCAACCUGUCUGUCAGCAUUACUCAACACAAUUUAGUUAAAAGUUAAAAAUCUAUCAGUUAAACUUAUCAAUUUUGUCUUUUAUAAUGUUGGGAACCCUUCCACUGAACAGAAAUACAUAGAAAAACGAAAUAAAAUUCAUUUUUUAAAAUAUCUUCAA